AUAAGUAGAAAGAUCCCAAAUUGAUCCCAACCCAAAAAAAUUGAAUUGAAGGAAAGCAUUUUGGACAAAGUGCACACAAAAAGCGCGUUCAUUUCUCACAGUCACAACACACACACCGCCAUAACCGUUGUAGCUUAGCUGUGGAGUGACGAGGCUGUACAUGUACACAGUGUAGCUAUAUCCUUGAAUGACGAAGAUUGUCUGAUCCAUUUCUGUUCAAAUUCUUUACCGAGCAUUGUAUUUCACGGGUCAGCUUAGAUUAUUUCUAGCAACAAGAAGAAGCAGAGCGGCACAGGGAAAGGCUAGUUCUUUAUAUAAAGUUUUUGUAAAAUGGGAAGAAGCCUAAGCCCAGUACUGCGCCAGGAGCUCGAAAAUCUUGACAAGGACGCUAAUAGCAGAAAAUCAGCCAUGAAAGCUUUGAAAUCGUACGUGAAGGACUUGGAUUCAAAGGCAAUACCCAUCUUUCUUGCCCAUGUGUCUGAAACUAAGCAAACCGGUAUAUCAUCCGGAGAGCACACGAUUUCACUGUACGAGGUUCUUGCACGAGUUCACGGACCGAAAAUCGUUCCUCAAAUAGAUAACAUCAUGAACACGAUUGUGAAAACCUUAUCCUCCAGUGCAGGAGCUUUUGCUCUUCAUCAGGCUUGUUCAAAAGUGGUUCCAGCUAUAGCGCGGUAUGCAAUUGAACCCACAACAGCAGAGGAUAAGAAGAGACAUAUUAUUCACUCUCUGUGUAAGCCCCUUUCAGAUUCUCUUCUGUGUAGCCAAGAAAACCUCUCUUCCGGGGCUGCCCUUUGUUUACAGGCACUGGUCGAAUCAGAUAAUUGGCGGUUUUCUUCGAAUGAAAUGAUCAAUGAGGUGUGUCAAAGAGUUGCAGGGGCUUUGGAGAAGCAUUCGCUAACCAAUUCUCAUAUGGCAUUAGUGACAGCUUUGGCUAAACACAAUUGCCUAAUUGUUGAAGACUAUGCUCGACUGUUGGUACAGUCCGGACUUCAGAUUCUGAAUGCUGGUUUUGCAGAGGCGAAUUCUCAAAAACAGCUUUCAGCCAUUCAUAUGGUGAGUUCACUAAUGAGAUAUUUGGACCCGAAAAUUCUGUUAUCCGAACUGGAUUUGGUAAUUAAGGAAAUGGAGAAGUGUCAGUCUGAGUCUGACCGAAUGCCGUUUGUUACUGGGGCUGCUUUCGAAGCACUGCAAAUUGCGAAGAAAAUAUGUGCUGGGAGAAAGAAUAAUGUUCGUAGUUCUGGGGACCAAUCGCCUUUUUUUGCUGCAUCACCCGAGUCGCAAACAGUUGAUUCGUUUAUGAGGAAUGAUUAUUUUAUCGAGUCGGCGAAGUCGACGAAUCAGGGCCGUCGACUCGAUUACGAUUGUAAAAAUGUGAACCGUAGACUUUGGCAAAGGUCUGGCAAUGGAAUCAUGGACGUAUCUCUUAAAGACGGCAUGUUCUCAAAUAUGGCUAAAGGAAAUGAUAACACGAGCUCUGAGUGUGAUGGCCUUUCUCAAAAGUACGGAGAUUAUGCUGAUGAUAACUUUUCGGGUUUUCUUCUGGGGAGUGCUGAAAAUGGAGAUGCUCGAAGCAGUACUCCGAGUCCACAGCGGUUAAACUCUCACAUAAACGUUGAUGACGUGAAGAUCUUCACUACGCCAAGGAGGCUCAUUCGCUCACUUCAGGAUCUAGAAGAUUCUGAUUCAAGUUUCUCCAAAGGGCAAGACUUGAGGUUCAGGAGGACUCUUGCAUCACUGCAUGAACAAAAUGGUCUUUUUCGGGACAUGAACCGUGUGAAUGGUGGAGACAGAUUUUUUCCUGAAAAUAAACUCCAUAGCCGUUCAGAAUCAGUUUCUUCUACAGAAAAUGUGUCUGGAGAUAAGAAUCUAAUAUCAGCUACUGAAUUAGUUCCAGAAAAUAAAGCUCGAUUGGAAAGAGUUCACGUUCGCAUCUCAGCCCGCAAAAUUGUUUAUGGUCUUUUUGCUGUUCUAUCGGCACUACUUUUGUGUUUGCUGGCAAUAGGUGAUCAAGAUGAUCGAGACAUUCUUGUACCGACCUAGGUUUUUUUUCCAUUCAUAUCAUUUCCGAUCUUUGCUGAGCUUUAGGAAUAUAUACGAACAAAUGUCUUGAGUUGGUGCAGCAGUUUGUAAUCUGUUUUUUGGGUAUUCGGAUAUUGUUUUCAGUCAUUUUGCUACUUGUAGGAAAUUAUUUGUUCAACAAUUUUCUUAAGAAGGAAAAGGAACAGAAGAAUGAAAUGUCUUUUUUCUUUAAUA